AUGUAUAAACGACUCUUCACAUCGCCCCCUUCGCUGGCGGAAUUCGAGCGUCUCUGCUCCCAAACCAUCAAGCCCGAGACCUACCCACUGGCCGGAUCAAUUGAGAAAAACGUGCCCAUCUACAACCUCCCGGACUUUCACAGUCUAGUUGCUGACAAAACCACCAUCACCAAGCUGCAGGAUGAAUGGUACCACAUUCUGCUGAACGGGCCGGGCGUGUUCGUUUUGAAGGGCAUGUAUUCCACCACCAACGAAGGGGAUGAUGAUGCCCUCUCCGCAGCCACCACAGCCUACCAACAAAUAAUCAGCAACGAACGUCGCAGCAGCGAAAAAAAGGGCGACCACUUCGCUAACACAGGCGCCAACGACCGUAUCUGGAACUCCUUCAGCAAACACGCCGUCACCGACCCCGCGUCCUUCAGCACCUACUACUCCAACCCAUGGCUCUCGUACGUAUCAAGCGCCUGGCUCGGCCCAGCCUACCGCAUCACAGCACAAGUCAACGUGGUAAAACCAGGCGGACAAGCCCAAAACCCGCAUCGCGACUACCACCUCGGCUUCCAGGCCGUGUCUUCUUGCGCCCAAUACCCGCGCACCAUGCAUUCAGCAAGUGCCUUUUUGACUCUUCAGGGCGCGAUUGCGCAUACCGACAUGCCGCUCGCCAGCGGCCCGACGUGGCUCCUACCAUUCAGCCAGCAGUUUGCCGAGGGGUAUCUGGCGUGGACUCUGGCCGAGUUUAGAGACUAUUUCGCCUCUCAUUAUGUCGCCAUCCCGUUGGAACGCGGGGAUGCGCUAUUCUUCAACCCGGCGCUUUUCCAUGCUGCGGGGGCUAAUCGCACCGUUGGUCUGGAGCGGAUGGCGAAUUUGCUGCAGAUUAGUAGUGCGUUUGGGAAGUGUAUGGAGGCCGUUGAUUCGGUAGUAGUUGUGGAGAGCUGUUGGGAGGUUUUGGUUGAGAUGUACUAUCGUGCCACUAGAGAAGAAGAAAAAGAAGAAGAACAAGGGCCAAGUCUGGAAGUGUCUUGUCUCAUCCGCGCUAUUGCCGAUGGAUACCCGUUUCCCACGAAUCUGGACCGUCGUCCGCCGGCUCCUAGUGGUCUGGCGCCGGAGAGCGAGCAGGAUGUGGUGAUUCGCGCGUUGAAGGAGGGCUGGACGCGGGAGCGGGUUGUGUCUGAGCUGAGGCAGAUGCGGCUUGAUUCGGGGGAUGAGAUGUCUGUGAAAUAG